AUGCGUAUACCUUCAAUAUUUAUAUAUGACUUUACUUUCGCAAUUCUCAUUUUAGUAAAACAAAACCUUGGAGAAUGUAAUCCUAUUACAAAUUCCAAUUUCAACGAGCACAUCAGGGAAUUUUCUUUGAAGGAAGAUAUUGAUAAUUCUACUCAUGUAAAAACCUUACAUAAAGAAGAUACAACGCGGUAUGCCGAUGCAAGCCCUUUUCGACCUGUUUCUUUUAAGAAUAUACCUGACAGUAAACUCUCGAGUUCCAGUCAUAGCAGAGGACUCGUGAAUAGGGAUCAUCCAGGUUACGCCCCGCAUGAUUACGAGGAGUACCCGCAUAUUGGUUACGAGUAUGACUAUCACGUACCGAAUGUCGACCAUCAUGCUCAUGAUCACGGCUUUGAACACUACGGACAUCACUAUGGACAUGAAGGCCAUCACUAUGUUGGGCAUCACUACAAGCAUUACAAUCAUGCACUGGCGGCUAAAGCAAUUUUAUGGCCGAUCGCAGGAAUUGCACUCCUCGGCGCUGCUGCUGCCUUAGUACAUAAUCCAAUUCUCUUGCAAUUGGGAGUAGCUACCGGUAAACGGAAAAGGAGAGAUACUGAAGAAGUCACAGGCCCUGAUUUAGACUUACAUAUCACUAAGUGGAACAAUGAGCCAACGUCGGAAGAAAAUCGUAGGAUUUUACGUAGUAACAAUAUAAAUAUGCAUAAAAAAAAGUUUCAAAGAAAGAUCUUGAGUAAUACGGUAUUUGAUUAUAAACAGCCUUUGUUUAAGACGAGUCCCACGACGCAUUCCCCUAUUGAAGAUUUCGAAGUAUAUGCACCAAUAAGCAUGGAAGCGGAUGAUAAAUUUGUACCAGUACCGAUAAAACUCAAGCAUAUU